AUGGUUCAGACGAUUUCGCGCGACCGGAAAUGUACUAAAAAGCGAGCCAAGGAACAGGACGUCAAGAUGACCAACCGAGGUGUAUUGACGCUAUAUGGACGCGUAAAGCUCAGGUACUCGAUUGAGGGCUGA